AUGCAAGUGUUCAGCAAGGACUGGGGCCCAAAACUGCAACCAUUCAAACUGAUAUUUCUCCUCCUCCUCCUCCUGCUGCUGCUCCAUCCAACUUGCAGCAAGAGUUCAAGCUCCGUGGGCAAGGAAGUUCAAUAUCCCAUCAACACCCACAAAGAGGAGAUCAUCAUUGGGGGUUUAGUAUCCACUUUAAUGGGCAACAUAUCUUUGCUCCAGUUUUCAUACCCCCCUCAGUUGAUGACAGAAAUAUGGCUACUCCCUAAAAAUUACCAGCAUGUCUUUGCCUUCGAUUUUGCCAUCGGUGAGAUCAACAAGAACAUCAAGUUGUUACCCAACAUCACGCUGCGACCAAAGAUUGAGGACAAUGCUUUUAGUUCCAUCUGGACCUACAUGUCUACUCUUAAUCUGCUCUUUGAAUGGGAAGGAAACCUUCCCAAUUACUCCUGCGGCAGGGGAAAGACGCUAAUGGCCAUCAUUGGGGGGCUCAUGUCCCAAAGCUCCAUCCAGAUGGCUCACAUCUUAACUCUCUACCACAUUCCUCAGCUCAGUUAUGGCAGCUCAGAAUUAGCACUGAGCGAUAAAGCACGGUUCCCUUCUUUCUAUCGGAUGGUUCCAAACGAAACUCCGCAGUAUGUCGGGAUCGUUGAGCUGCUGAAGUAUUUUGGAUGGACGUGGAUAGGGAUUUUCAUUUCAUGUGACGAUAGCGCCUAUGAUCAGUAUCUGCCAAUGAAAAAUAACUGCACAACAGAGGAGAAGCUGAGGGGCCUCCCUCAAACUAUGUUUGAAAUGAGAAUGUCGGGGGAGAGCUACGGCAUCUACAAUGCAGUCUUUGCUGUAGCCCACGCUCUCCAUGCCCUGUAUUCAUCAAGAGCCAAGUGGAAAGUAAUGGGUGAUGGAGACAGGUGGGAUCUUCUGCAAGUUGAGCCAGGGCAGUGUUGCUAUGAUUGCGCUCAGUGCCCUGCAAGGAAAAUGUCAAUCCAGAUUGAUGCAGACCAGUGUGAGAGUUGCCCAGAAGAUCAAUAUCCAAAUGUGAAGCAAGAUCGAUGUAUCCCUCGAAGUAUUACCUAUUUGUCCUAUGGAGAACCCUUAGGAGCAGCCCUGGCUUCCUUCACCCUAUUCUUUUCUUUCACCUCCGUUGUGGUGAUGGGUAUCUUCAUUCGGAAUCAGAAUACCCCCAUUGUCAAAGCCAACAACAAGAGCAUCACCAGCGGUCUUCUCUGCUCACUGCUGGUUGGCUUUCUGUGCUGCUUCCUAUUCAUUGGUCACCCUGGGAAGGUAACUUGUCUUCUUCGGCAAACAGUAUUCAGCAUCACCUUCUCCACUGGAGUUUCUUGUGUGUUGGCCAAAACCAUCACUGUUGUGGUGGCUUUCACGGCUACCAAACCUGGAAACAGGAUGAGGAAAUGGGUAGGGAAUCCCCUGGCAGCAUCACUCAUCACUCUCUGCUCUCUUAUUCAAACUGGCAUCUGUGCUGCGUGGCUUGUAAGUUCUCCUCCAUUCCCUGAGUAUGACAAGGAUUCCCAGGUUGGUCAAAUCAUAGUUCAAUGCAAUGAAGGGUCAAACGUGAUGUUCUACAAUGUCCUGGGCUACAUGGGCUUCCUGGCCAUCAUCACCUUCACUGUGGCCUUCCUUGCCAGAAAGUUGCCUGAUACUUUUAAUGAAGCCAAGUUUAUCACCUUCAGCAUGUUGUUGUUCUGCAGUGUUUGGGUGUCCUUUGUUCCAACGUAUCUGAGUACUAAGGGGAAAUACAUGGUGACCGUGGAGGUCUUCUCCAUCUUGGCCUCCAGUGCGGGUGUGUUGGGCUGCAUCUUCUUUCCCAAAUGCUACAUUAUUAUCUUGAGACCUGAACUAAACACCAAGGAUCAGCUGGUGAGGAAAAAAAAGUGUCACACUUAA